CGCUGCUGUCUCUUGUCGAAGUAAAGCACACAAAGAUGGGUCGUAUGCACGCACCAGGAAAGGGUAUAUCCCAGUCAGCGUUGCCAUAUAGACGCAGCGUACCGACAUGGCUCAAGUUAACACCGGAGGAUUGUAAAGAUUUGAUUUAUAAGCUAGCAAAGAAGGGCCACACACCAUCUCAAAUUGGUGUAAUUCUCAGAGACUCUCAUGGAGUGGCACAGGUGCGUUUCCGUACUGGAAACAAGAUCCUGAGGAUUGUCAAGAGCAUGGGACUCGCUCCAGACUUACCAGAGGAUCUCUAUUACUUGAUCAAAAAAGCAGUCGCCAUUAGGAAGCACCUGGAAAGAAAUCGCAAGGACAAGGACAGCAAAUUCAGAUUGAUUCUUGUAGAGUCCAGAAUCCAUCGGCUCGCCAGAUACUACAAAUCGAAAGGAACUCUGCCAGCUAAUUGGAAAUACGAGAGCUCCACUGCUAGUGCUCUUGUUGCUUAAUUACUUUCUUGCAUUUCUUAAUAAAACAAAAUCCUAAAUAUCA